GCGCCGCGCACCUCUCGCGCGCAGUGAUGCUCGCACCUGGCGAAGGGCGGAAGACCCGCAGCAUCAGCAGCAGCGGAUCUCCAUGACGACAGCACUUCCAGCAUGGUGCAGAAAUCCCGCAACGGCGGCGUGUAUCCCGCCCCGCAGGCCGAGAAGAAGCUGAAGGUGGGCUUCGUGGGGCUGGAGGCGGGCGCGACGGAAUCGAGCCGAGACGGCGCGCUGCUGAUCGCGGGCGCGGAGGCGACGAAGCGCGGCAGCAUCUUGAGCAAACAGCGCUCCAGCAUCUCCGGGAAGAGGCCGCCGAAGCGCAACGCGUUCUACCGACGCCUGCAGAAUUUCCUCUACAAUGUGCUGGAGAGACCGCGCGGAUGGGCGUUCAUCUACCACGCUUACGUGUUUCUGCUGGUUUUCUCCUGUCUGGUUUUGUCCGUGUUCUCCACCAUCAAAGAAUAUGAGAAGAGCUCUGAAGAUGCCCUCUAUAUCCUGGAAAUUGUAACCAUCGUGGUUUUCGGAGUGGAAUAUAUCGUGAGGAUCUGGUCUGCAGGAUGCUGUUGUCGAUACAGAGGAUGGAGGGGAAGACUCAAAUUCGCCCGGAAACCUUUUUGUGUUAUCGACAUCAUGGUCCUGAUUGCCUCCAUCUCGGUUUUGGCCGCUGGAACGCAGGGGAAUGUGUUUGCCACCUCCGCCAUCAGGAGUCUCCGAUUCCUCCAGAUUCUCCGGAUGAUCCGCAUGGAUCGCCGUGGAGGAACCUGGAAACUCUUGGGAUCUGUCGUCUACGCUCACAGCAAGGAGCUGAUCACAGCCUGGUACAUUGGCUUCCUGUGUCUGAUCCUGGCCUCGUUCCUGGUGUACCUCGCUGAGAAAGAGGAUAACGAGAUGUUUGAAACCUACGCCGAUGCACUCUGGUGGGGUCUGAUCACCCUGACGACCAUCGGCUACGGCGAUAAAUAUCCCAUAACCUGGAACGGGCGUCUCCUCGCCGCGACCUUCACCCUGAUCGGCGUGUCCUUCUUCGCGCUGCCUGCUGGAAUUCUGGGUUCUGGGUUUGCCUUGAAAGUUCAGGAACAGCAUCGGCAGAAACAUUUCGAGAAGCGCAGAAAUCCCGCUGCCGGCCUCAUUCAGGCUGCCUGGAGGUUUUACGCCACAAACCUGAAUCGCACGGAUCUCCAUUCGACGUGGGACUAUUACGAGAGGACCGUAUCGGUGCCCAUGUACAGACUCAUCCCUCCCCUGAACCAGCUCGAUCUACUGAGAAACCUCAAGAGCAAAUCCGGACUCUCCUUUAGAAAGGAAGCCCAACCUGAACCCUCUCCGAGUCAGAAAGUGAGUCUGAAAGAGCGUGUGUUCUCCAGCCCGAGAAACACUGCAACCAAAGGGAAGAACUCUCCUCAGGGCCAGCAGCCCCUCCGACGCUCUCCUAGCGCAAACAGCAUCGAGGACAGUCCGUCCAAAGUACCCAAGAGCCUCAGCUUCGGCGACCGCAGUCGGGCCAGACAAGCCUUCCGCUUCAAAGGGGCCGCGUCCCGCCAGAACUCAGAAGUGCUCAUUGAGAUGCAAGAGGAAGAUUUGAGACACAGGAACUCUCCAGAAGCCAGCCUUCCCGGAGAAGACAUUGUUGAUGACAAUAAGAGCUGCCAUUGUGAGUUUGUCCCUCAGGAUUUAACGCCGGGACUAAAAGUUACCAUCAGGGCCGUGUGCAUCAUGAGGUUCAUGGUGUCCAAGCGCAAGUUUAAAGAGAGUCUGCGGCCGUAUGACGUGAUGGAUGUCAUCGAGCAGUACUCGGCCGGACAUCUCGACAUGUUGGCGCGGAUUAAAAAUCUGCAGUCCAGGUUAGAUAUGAUAUUGGGUCCUCCGGGUCCCAGCACCCCUCGCCCAAAGAAGUGUUCAACCAAAGGAACCAAAGAGUCGCCCCAGUUGUCUUCUAGAGUGGAUCAGAUCGUUGGUCGGGGCGCUCCGAUAACAGACAAGGAUCGUCCUAAAGGAACCACAGAUGGAGAACUGCCAGAGGAUCCCAGCAUGAUGGGACGACUUGGGAAAGUGGAGAAACAGGUGAUGUCAAUGGAGAGAAAACUGGAUUUCCUAGUGAACAUCUACAUCCAGCGCAUGGGCAUCCCGCAGUCUGAGACGGAUGCCUACUUCGCCUCUAAGGAGCCCGACCCGGCGCCUCCGUACCACAGUCCGGUGGAGCACAUGGAGAAGAGCGGCUCCAUCACCAAAAUCAUCCGCUCCAACAGCUCAGCUGGCCAGAAGAACUUUGACCCGCCACCCUCGACCUGCGUCAAUCACCACUGCCCGCCCUCCACGUCCUGGCACCCUCAAACCCUCCCCGAUCCCGGCCAGGGCACAUCUCCGAUGGGUGACCCCUCGCUAGUGCGCAUCCCUCCGCCUCCGGCCCACGAGCGCUCGUCCGGCGGGCACAACGGAGGCUCUCGCGGAGCAGGACAGCAUCAUUCUCGCGGGAACGUGGGCGAAGAAGGACGCCCGUUGGCUCUUUCCCAGCAGCAGGCCGGAGCCGAAAGCGACACCUCCAUAUCCAUCCCUUCAGUGGACCACGAGGAACUCGAACGCUCCUUCAGCGGCUUCAGCAUUUCACAGUCCAAAGAAAACCUGGACUUUCUAAACAACGCCUACUUCAGUGGUGUGUCACGCUGCACCAAAGUGAGGCCGUACAUCGCGGAGGGUGAGUCGGACACAGACUCUGACCUGUGCGCCCCGUCGCCCCAUUCUGCCACCGGCGACGGUGCCUACGGAGACAGAGGCUGGUCCGGACCCAAGUAAAACUACAAGGGACAUUGCAAAGUGGGAUUCAACCAGCUUCUGGAGCGAAAUGCACGCGAGACGGCGUGUUUAAAAGAGCAGUGUUUCUCUCACAAGCACAGCUCCACGAGUGGAAGAAUGGUGGAGUCGGCAACUGCUGGAGUUGUAUCGCGCUGAAAACGAACUCAGAAGUGCCAGCAAUUACUUCUGGGAGCCAAGCACUUGCGUAUCCAUCAGGUUGGAUGGAUGAGAGACUGCAACAGUCUUUAUCAUUUCAUAUGUGGUGCAUUUUCAUCUUUUGGAACAUAAUGGAUUUGCACAUUGUCAGUGUUUCUGGUUAAAGAGAUCGUUCACCCAAAAAUAAUGCAAACAUUCUGUCAUCAUUUACUCACUCUUGUGUCAUUUGGCUGAUGCUUUUAUCCAAAGCGACUUGCAUUGCAUUUAAGGUGUGCACUGUAUAUGUUCAUAUGGGAAUCAAACCCAUGACCAAGUGCAAUGCUGUCCUAUUUGAGCUACAGGAAUUAUUUGUUUAUUAAAGAGGACCUAUAAUGCUCCUUUCACAAGAUGUAAUAUAAGUCUCUGGUGUCUCCAG